AUGGUGACCGUCGAGGAAAUCCGCAACGCCCAGCGCUCCCAUGGCCCCGCCACCAUCCUCGCCUUUGGCACCGCCACGCCCGCCAACUGCGUCUCCCAAGCCGAUUACCCUGACUACUACUUCCGCAUUACCAACAGCGAACACAUGACUGACCUCAAGGAGAAGUUCAAGCGCAUGUGUGAAAAGUCGAUGAUAAAGAAGCGUUACAUGCACUUGACUGAGGAGUUUCUGAAGGAGAAUCCGAAUAUGUGUGAGUACAUGGCACCGUCGCUGGACGUGAGGCAGGACAUAGUGGUGGUGGAAGUGCCUAAGCUGGGAAAAGAAGCGGCAACGAAGGCGAUAAAGGAGUGGGGUCAACCCAAGUCAAAGAUCACGCACUUGGUGUUCUGCACCACUUCAGGCGUGGACAUGCCCGGAGCGGAUUACCAGCUCACAAAGCUUCUUGGUCUGAGACCCUCGGUGAAGCGCCUCAUGAUGUACCAGCAAGGCUGCUUCGCCGGAGGCACUGUCCUCCGCCUCGCCAAGGACCUCGCCGAGAACAACAAGGGCGCCCGCGUCCUGGUGGUCUGCUCCGAGAUCACCGCCGUGACUUUCCGCGGCCCGUCUGAUACCCAUCUGGACUCCCUCGUGGGGCAGGCGCUGUUUGGAGAUGGCGCAGCGGCGAUGAUCAUCGGAGCGGAUCCCGACAGGACUGUGGAACGGCCAAUAUUUGAAUUGGUAACGGCUGGUCAGACAAUCCUGCCAGACUCCGAUGGUGCCAUCGACGGCCACCUGAGAGAGGUUGGACUGACGUUCCAUCUCCUAAAAGACGUGCCCGGAAUCAUCUCGAAGAACAUCGAGAAGAGUCUGACUGAGGCGUUUGCGCCGAUUGGGAUUAACGACUGGAACUCGAUCUUCUGGAUAGCUCACCCGGGUGGACCGGCGAUUCUGGACCAGGUUGAGGAGAAGCUCCGGCUGAAGCCGGAAAAACUUCGGUCCACUCGACACGUGCUGAGUGAGUACGGAAACAUGUCAAGUGCAUGUGUUUUGUUCAUUCUUGAUGAAAUGAGGAAGAAGUCAAAAGAGGAAGGAAAGGGUAGCACGGGAGAAGGCCUAGAGUGGGGGGUGUUAUUCGGGUUCGGGCCGGGUCUGACCGUUGAGACCGUUGUGCUUCACAGUGUUUCCCUGGAGGAUUGA